AUGAGAGAUGAAGUGAAGGGAAAGGGAGAAACUGCGGCAGAGCGAGAGCGAGAGGAGGUUGUGGACCUUAUGCCGCCCGAGCUGGGGUGGCGCAUCUUCGCCUACCUUGAUGCAGCCGAUCUGUGCCGCGGGUUCUACCGUGAGACGUGCUGCGAAGUGUGGCCGCCCGACACCAUCAACUCAAUCGAUCUUCGGGCGGAGGUGAUCGAGGCCAUCAAGAUCACGUUGGAGUGGGAGCGGGACAGGGUCGACAAGCUCAACAAGGCCCGGGAGCGCUACACAGCGGAGAAUCGAAUACGCCUCUCCACCACCGCCCGCCCUCGGUUCCGACGCACUGGGCCAGGGGCGAAGGUGGUCGCUGUGGGCGACAGCGGCGUGGGCAAGACAGCGCUGCUCUACGCCUGGUCGUGGAACACAUUCAUUGGCGGUAAGGAGGCUGCUGACUACCUGCCGACCUGCAUCAGCUUCAACCAGCGUGAUGUGGCCAUCGACCAAGGGAAGAAGGUGGUGGUCGUGCCUUGGGACACAGCGGGGUCUGCGGACUACGACCAGCUGCGACCGCUCGGCUACGGCGGCGCCGACAUCUUUCUCUUGUGCUACUCUGUCGUAGACCCGCAGAGCCUCCAGAAUCUCAGGUCGCGAUGGCUGCCCGAGGUGCGCCGCCACUGCCCCAACGAGCCGUUCAUUUUGGUGGGCUGCAAGAAGGACCUGGUCUCCGAUGGCGUCAUCAAUGAGGAAAGCAACGCCAGUGGCGCGGCCGUAGCCGAAGAAGCGGCCGGCGAAGAAGAGCAGCACAAUGUCGACAACGUCGACGCCCAGGUGAUGGCGUUCGAGAUGGGCGCCGUGGCCUUCAUCGAGUGUUCGGCCAAGACGUUCGACAACGUGGACGCCACCAUGGCGCUGGCCGCCAACUUCGCCGUCUACGAGCCCCUCGAUCUCCUUGCCGACCGCGGCCAGCGCAGCUGUCUCCUCCAGUGA